AUGCGCUACGAAGACUGGGAUGUAUUGCUCUUUCCAGGCGGGAUUGGAGGUCACGUACCUCUCAAGGAGUUCAAGACGGCAUGCUACUCUGCACAAUACAAGGUCAACUCGAAUGGGAAUGUCCAGGGACAAGUUAAGAUUGCACCCUUGAUGACUUGCUUCGUCCCCAGUCUGGAGCCUGGCGCGCCAUUCCAGAUAUCAAUACAUGUUUGGAACAAGAAAGAGUUCACUUUACCUCCUCCUUCGGACUGUAUCGGUUGUCCACAAGCAUGGCAGAUUGUGAUCAUCGUGGACGGCGCCAUUGUGUGUGACGAAGUAUACUCAAACGAUAUCACUUGGCCACAUGUUUGUUCCAAUGCGACUUUACUUGGCCCGCUUGCGGACGGUGUCGACCAGCCUCUCAGAUUUCCGAAAUUUUACCCAUCAGUCAUGUCUCAACAAGGUUGGGACGCGAAUGACGAAGUCGGUCGCAUCAAGGUCAAGAUAUCGGAAGGAUACGUGACAAGCCAAGCUGGAACUGCCGAAUUCAUCAAAAUGCUUGAUCAUGCUCACUUCAACUUUCAAGCAGUACCCCUUGAUGUGCUACAGCGAGUCGGAAUUGCAUGGCCAAACGAAGCGUUGGUCAGAACUAUGGCGCUCAACUCUUCUGGCCUUCCAACAAAUCAUUCGGGCCAUCUACGUGGAUUGAGUAACGAUACGACAUCUGCCUAUUCUUCUCCGAUGAUGCUCGGAAUUCCAGUGCCGCCGCCUUCUACACCGAGCUUUCCCGGCGGCUUGAAUCCUUCUCUGCCUUUCCUGCAAGCUUCGACUCUGUGGACUGACCCCGGCGUGCGUUCAUCCUCAGUGCAUUCAAACGUUCCCUUCCCCACUCUACCUGCGGUGGAACCUGGCAGCUUUCAAAUGGCAACGGAGCCAUGGAAAAGUGGGAACCAUUUGCCUCACCAGAAAGUCGAAUUUCGUAUACCGAGCGACCAGUUGCAGAAGUUGCUGGCAGCCCUCGAUCGGCGAGCAGUACAAAAGACAGAGGAAGAUACUCAAUCCAUGCCUCCGCCACCUCUGCCUUCCAACUCAUCGGCGUUGGAAGAUGUCGGAAAGGUAGACAACGAGCUGCCGUCAAUGAAACGAGAGACUACUCAAGACUCCCUCACAGCUGCUGCAGCCAUUGGUCGACGAGGUGAAUCGCACUCGAAUGUUUCAGAUAUCAGCAUGCAUACAGAAUGCAUUGGCUUCCCGGCAUGCACAACUGAAGGCAUCGACGGAAGCAUCAUUCAUUCGACUCGCUGUUCGCCCGCGGAUAUGAUCCGCGGCAGGAAAGAGGCCAGCAAGGAUUCAAUUGGUCGAGACUUCCUAUCCAGCAUUCUGAACUCCUCGAACCAGCAGAAUACUGAUCCGGCUGAUCCACUGACGGCCGUUGACUCUCCAAGGGCGCUGCAAAGCGCCGAAAGCCUUUUCAAGCUUUCAGAGGCCCACUCAUCGAGUUCCGAAGUCGGACGCCCACUCGCUUUGUUCGGUAUUGCAAGCGAGAGCAAGACCAAAAAGCGUACCCGUCCACCAAAGGGAAAUCCACCUGCUGAUGGCGUCUCUUGGAAGACCGAAACGGACAAAGGAGAACCUUUACACAAGGUGAGUAGGUCUUAUGAGUCUGACAAGGAAAACAUCCCAGAAGACAACGAUCUCGGAGAAGUCGUAAUGGUGGAAUUUUAA